GCGUAUUUUUAAAUUCAGAAGCGUAUGUGCGCUUUGCUAUUAGAAACACUGCCGCGGAACAACAGAACUGUAGCUUAGCUUUCGACCAUUAUCUUCCUAAUAUAAACAAUAUCCAACACAAAAAAAGCACAGAUCUAAACAAAAUAAAUCAUAUUUUCUAAACAAAAGUUGUGUGCAGAUAAACGAUCGUCCACUUUUAAUAGCUCAAUUUAAUUUCGAGAAUGGUCAAAACUUUAUUGAAAUGAAGAUAAAUUGCCGGAAGGAAACACGGAGAAAAAAAAUGUCAUCACGAAAAAUUAUUUUCGACUAGGUUUUUGACUUAUAAAGUUUUAUUCAAAUUGCAGCUAAUGAUGCAAUCUACGCUAGCUCUUAAAUCAAUGAGCCAUGCCAGACACUCCACCAGCUAAAGCUUUUAAAAUGUCAGAAAUUAAUAUUGUCACCAUGCGAAAUAGUCAAAAUAUUUUUUUCUCAAUCGUAAACGAAACCGAAGCUGACAGAGUCCGAUUGUGCUCAGAACUAGUACAUGCCUACUACUCAAUCUUUAAUACAAAUCUAAAUAUUAAGAAAAUCCACGAUAAUGAACUUUUUUUGUGUAAAAAUCACAUUCUGUGAUCAUUCACUCUAGAUUAUAAUCGAGUAUUAUCAAUGUUUAAUGUCUCAAAAAGACAGAAUACUUUUAGUUUUAUCAAUUUUAGAAGGUAAAAUGCAAUAUUCAGCCGCUUUUCAUUUGUCUCUACAGGUUUCUAUCUAGGUCGAAAUUUUCCAUCACGUAGCGGUUUUUAUAUAACUAUUGAAGCAAAAUUCGAUGGUGAAAUAUUGACUACAGAUCCUGUCGAACAUUCGACAGUGCCGGAUGUGAAUCAAGAAUUAGCAUGGGAAUUAGAUAAGAAAACAUUGCAACAUCAUAAACUACAACGAAAUGUGAUCAAAUGUAACACAUUUGCCACUACAAAUGAUGUAAAAGAAAAUAUUGGCUAUUUUAUUAUUGAUGUUAGAUCAGUUAACAAUAAUCAGAAAAUUCAAUCGUACCAUCUAUUACAAACAAAGUAUCCCAACUCAAAACCAGAAUUUAGAAUAUGCAGUUACGUUGAAGAUGACUAUCAAAAAACGAGUUCAAAGUCUUUAUCUAAAAUUGCUCAAUCUCCAUCAAAAGCUUCACCAUUGGGCACAACAUCUUCAUCCUCGCUAUUAUCUAAAUCGAAGUUACAACCCGUUUUAGUUGAAGAGCAUGGCUAUUAUCUACUUGGACCAGACAUACCACAAGCCGAAAUAUUUUCACUUGCUAUCACAAUCAAUUUCGCCACAAAUCUGAUACAUUUGGUACCACCUCAAUAUAAUUUGUCAACAACAGAUGGCUUUUUCUUCUAUUACAAUCUUUUUGGCAAUGAUAUUACAUCAGAAACAUUUUAUGAUCUAUUAAAUCCAAAAUUUUACCCAGAACGAGCGAGUGUUCGUAUUCGUACUACUCAACAAAUAUUACGCUCCUACCUUGAAUCAUAUCAUCCAGUAGACUUUUCAUUUUGGUCGGCUAACGAUCUUUUAGGUAAAACAACAAUACCUUUACAUCGUAUUGUUCAACCUUUGCAAGGAACGAAAACAACGUUUGAUAUUCUAAAUAAAGAAUUUAUUCUCAGAUUGCACUCGCCAACAUUGAAAUUAAAAGAGAACCAACAACAGGAAGAUCAAGAGGAAGAUCAAACGAUGAAACCCACCGUCAUUGUUAACGUUAAAUUAGUAAGAGAAGCUGUGUCAGCAAAUGGAAACGAUGAAAUGACAAGAGCAACCACAGGAAUGGGAACGAUGAGUGCAGAACAGAAACGACGUCAACACAAUGAACAAACAAAUGCAGCAUCAGUAAUAGAUGAUCAAACAAUGAACACAGUUAAUUUAAAUAAGGCUAGUGACCGUCGUUUAUCACAAAAACAAAUUCGUGAUCUUUCCACCCAACAACGUGCUCAGUUAUUAUCUGUUAACAAUCAUGCUCUACCAUCCUCGAUAAAUGAAGAUUAUCACUCUAAUCAUGUGACUAAUAUCAAUGAUCCACCUCAACCACAUCCACAAACGUUCAAUUUUCCAAUAACAGCAACGAGUACUGGCUCAAUUUCUCAUCAUUUUUGUCUUUCUAUUGAUUUAAAAUCCAUUCGUAAUGUCAAAACCAAUCAUCCUCUCUAUCUUUAUUGUAAAUAUCAAUAUCCAUUUGUGGGCACAUUUACACCAAUCCUAACUCAUCCACCAAUAUCAAUUGAACGUUAUCAACAAGAUCUUCAAUUACCUCAUUCGUUUUGUACAUUUGAUUUUGCUUGUAUAUGGCAACAAUUAAUUGAUAAUUUCAAAUAUGAACCUAUUCAAAUUGACAUAUGUGUGAGAGAUAAAGGUGAACCAUCGCGAACAAAUAAGGAUUAUCUAUUUGGUCAAGUAAAAUUACCAUUAGACAAAUUGUUACAACAAGAAAAACAACGAUGUUCAAAUGCAAAUGGAAUUGCUGGUUGGAGACAAACAUUGAGUCAACUUUUAACAAUUAUUAAUUCAGCAAACGAAAAAUGUGGAGAAUUAUUCGUGAUUAUCUCAUUAGACGAUCUUGGUCCAUUAGAUUUGAAUAGCAUAGCACAACAAUACCGUUCACAAUCCGUUCCACCAAUACCACAACAAAAUAAUGGAUUAGAUAAUGUAUUUCAACGUCCGGCUGAAGAUGUCCAUUUACAAGCGACAUAUGAAUUACAAUUAUGGAAAGAAACAAAAGAACUUGAGUUUGAAAAAUAUUUACGAGAAAUUGAAGCGAAAAAAGUUUAUGAAAUAAUGGAAGCAUUCAAAGAAAAAGAUCGUGAUCGAGAAUCACUUUUACAGAAAAAAAUGAAAGAAUAUGUUGAUUUAGAAAGACAAAUGAAAAAAGCUGCUAUCGAAGUUGAAAAACGUGAAAAAUUAUUGGCUAAUAAUGAACAAACAAUUCAACGUUUACAAAAUGAUCUAAAACGUGAUUAUGAUCUUAAACAUAUUGAUAUGAGAGAAGCAUCAAAACGUUUACAAGAACAAUCUGAUCAUCAAAUAACAUUGGAAAAACAUAAAACAUUGGCAUUAGAAGAAGAAAUUAUUUCUUUAAAACGAACCGUAC